AUGGCCAACGAUACGGAAUUCGUGUUGGGCAUAGAAAAAGCAAAGGAGGCUGGAUUGCAUUUUGUUCAAGAAUAUCUUGAAAUAUUAAAUGAAAAGCCGAACAUUGCGUUCUUAUAUCAUAUCAACGAAGAUUUACAGGUACAACUUUCUAUUAGCCGCUAUCCAACCGACAUCACUGACAAUCCACAACCAACUACAAUCCUAAGAAAAAAUCGAACCCAUGAAGAAAAAAUCAUUCCCGCUGACAUGAUUAGCACCGAUUUAGACUCUCGCAUGGAUACAACAGUAAAUAGUGUCCAGAAUAAAAUUAUUGAUCCGGUUAAAUUUACAAAUAAUAUCUAUAUUCCACCCAUAAAAAAUGUAAAAAAGAAAUUAGAGGUUCCUGGUGAAAUCGCCGCGUCCUAUUGGCGUGCUCUUACCGCCCCCCAUCUUCUUCCGGAAAUUACAGAAAAUAAUGAAACCCAUGAAAGUUAUUCCACUGGUAUGGUUACAUACAACCAGCCCCUUCUCGAUGUAUCCACCGAAUCAGACUCUCGCAUCGAUACCGCGGUAAAUAGUGUCCAGAAUAAAAUUAUUCACCCGGUUAAAUUUACAAAUAAUAUCUAUAUUCCACCCAUCGAAAAUGUAAAAAAGAAAUUAGACGUUCCUGGUGAAAUCGCCGCGUCCUAUUGCCGUGCUCUUACCGCCCACCAUCUUCUUCCGGAAAUUACAGAAAAUAAUAUAAAUCCCAUUAUUAUCAAAGAUAACGAGACGGCGACAUCUAUACCUGCCUUAAAAACUCUUCCAAUUAAUACAAAAGAUAACGAGGGUAAAACCCCCAAACUUGUACCCGUCAAUGCUAAAGAAAGGAUUAUACUCGAACCCUUGCCGAAUACCUCCGCAAAGAAUAUUUGUCCUAUUUCUUUCAAAAAUGAUUCUCCAUCUAAUAUCCUAAGACUUAGAUCCCGUCCAGUUCAAACGUACUACAUGUCCUCUUUGACUACCCGUGAACGUGAACGAUUUUUCAAAAAAGACACAUUCAUUAAGCGACAAUAUCGCCGAAUACGGAGAUCGCUAUUUAAAUUUAAAUUAUUACAUGUUAUAGAAAAUCCCUUAUUUUUUCUUUAA